GUGCUAAGGACAAAGUUGUCAACUCGCGGGAGUCUGUCCAUAACAUACUCGGAGUUCAUGAGUAUCGUAUAAUUUAUUAUAUUUUCUUCCCUACAUAGCAAAAUGGCGUUCUCUGUGCAAAUCCGGCAACAGUUACAAGCUCUGGUUUCUUCAGGAGGCUCCCAUAAAGACCAUGACAAAUAUCGGGCAGUCCUUGACUCCAUUCUUAAAGUUGGCAAUGAAAAUGACAUGGCAGAAGGCCUCCAGGCAUUUAUUGAAGCAAUUUUAUGUGUUUCAGUUGUAAAGGAGACCGUGAGUCUAGUAAUCUCGCGGCAACUUCUGUCAGAUGUCUCGACACAACUCACUUCCAUGGCGGAUAAUGUUGCAAAGACAGUUGCACACUUUACACUUGAUAAAGUCCAGCCACGUGUUAUUAGUUUUGAAGAGCAGGUGGCAAGCAUUAGACAGCACCUGGCUGACAUCUAUGAGCGGGAGAGUUCAUGGAGAGAUGCAGCAGCAGUUCUCACAGGAAUUCCUCUAGAAACUGGACAGAAGCAGUAUAGUGUGGACUAUAAACUGGAGACAUAUCUCAAGAUUGCUCGUCUCUACCUGGAGGACGAUGAUCCAGUGCAGGGUGAAGCAUAUAUCAACCGUGCCAGCAUCUUGCAGGCAGAAUCAAAGAAUGAACAACUGCAGAUCUACUACAAAGUAUGCUAUGCAAGAGUCCUAGAUUACCGUCGCAAGUUCAUAGAAGCAGCACAGCGAUAUAAUGAGCUUUCCUAUCGGCCAAUUAUUCAUGAGGAUGAAAGAAUGGAAGCUUUAAAAAAGGCUUUGAUUUGUACAGUGCUAGCAUCUGCAGGACAGCAACGGUCAAGGAUGCUUGGAACCCUGUUCAAAGAUGAGCGUUGUCAGAAGUUGCCGUGCUAUCACAUCCUAGAGAAGAUGCACCUUGACCGUAUCAUCCGCCAUAAUGAGCUUACAGAGUUUCAGAAAAUGCUACAACCUCAUCAGCAAGCUACCACAUCUGAUGGUUCUACUAUCUUGGACAGAGCAGUCACAGAGCAUAAUUUGCUAGCUGCCAGCAAACUUUAUAACAAUAUUACAUUCCCGGAGUUGGGAGCGCUGCUUCAGAUUUCACCAGCCAAGGCCGAAAAAAUAGCCAGCCAGAUGAUCACGGAGGGUCGAAUGAACGGUUACAUAGACCAGAUUGAUGGAAUCUUGCACUUUGAAGCUCGUGAUGUUCUUCCACAAUGGGACAAGCAGAUCCAGUCUCUUUGUUUCCAAGUGAACGGAAUAAUUGAGAAAAUCAAUACAGCUCAUCCUGAAUGGGUUGCUAAACUUAUGGAUGAGCAGAUGGUGCAAUGAUGACAUAUAAUUUAAGUGAACAAGUUGGCUGUGUAUAAAUGUAAUUUUCUCCCAUAAAAUAAUUGCCCGAGAUCAAAUUGUCUGGUAAAUGCUUCAUUAAUGUAAGUAUCUUGCUGGGCAAUGGAAAAAUGUUAAUACAGUACAUCUGGAAAACAGUAAUCUCCCAGAAAUGCCUGAACUUUGUUUCAUGAAGUUUCCCCUUGAUGUAUUUACAUCUUAAAUAUUAUCAAAACAUUGUAAUAGGAAUGUUAAGCCAUGUCUCUGGAGGUAAAUAUGUUUCAUUAUAUCAUAUCAGUGUUAGUUAAACUUUUCAUCUGUAAAAUUUGCCUCCAUCUGUAUCCAAAUAUUGCUCACACAAAUGUAUGGCUUAUUUUUGGCUGAAAAUAAAUACAGUAGUUACCAUGUAUCUUGAUUUUCAUGUAAUUUUGAGUUGAAACAGAUGUGAAUACAAUAAAAAUUUCCUGCUU